ACCUCCUCUGAUUUGUAUCACCGUGUAUCACAGUCGGUGUCUGUCACAACCAGCCAUGCCGAUCUCGACGGAUUCAUUUGGUAAAACAGCAGAUGGCAAGGAAGUCACAAGAUACACCUUCCAGAACAAGAACAACGUCAUCGUGAGAGUCCUGGACUAUGGCGGCAUCAUCACUGACAUCAUCGUCCCCGACAGGGACGGCAAGAUGGAGGACGUCAACCUCGGCUUUGAUGACAUGGAAGGCUAUGCUGGGGGCAGAUUCAUGGGUGCUCUGAUCGGUCGGGUGGCUAACCGGAUCGCUGGUGGACAGUUCAGUCUCGAUGGCACUUCCUACUCCCUGUUUGUCAACAACGGACCCAACAGUCUGCAUGGAGGAAAGAGAGGAUUUGACAAGAGAUUCUGGGAGGCCAAGGUUGACGGAAACAGACUGAGCCUUAAAUACAUCAGCCCUGACGGUGAGGAGAACUACCCAGGGGAGGUAACUCUGACAGUCAUAUACGAACUGACUGAUGAGAAUGAGCUGAUCAUUGACUACACGGCAACAUCGACCAAGGCAACACCUGUCAACUUCACCAACCAUGCUUACUUCAACCUGGGAGGCCAUGCAUCAGGGAAGAUCGAUGAUCAUCGUGUGCAGAUCAAUGCAGAACAUUUCCUGCCUCUGGAUGAUAACUCUAUACCUACAGGUGAGAUCCGGAAAGUGGAGGCAACGGAAUGGGACCUGAGGUCCCCUGUACGUCUUGGGGACCGACUUGGGCAGGUGCCUGGUGGGAAGGGGUUUGACCACAACUUCAACCUGUCUCUGUCUGGUGAAAAGCGUCUGGCAGCAAGGGUGGAGCACCCGCCAAGUGGGAGGUGGAUGGAGUGCCACACCACGGAACCAGGGGUGCAGUUCUACACCAGCUUCUAUCUGCAGGAUGUGGUGGGGAAAGCAGGGGCCAUCUACUCCCAGUACGGAGGAUUCUGCCUGGAGGCUCAGCACUACCCUGACAGCAUCAAUCAGCCAAGUUUCCCGAACUGUGUUUUGCGUGAUGGGGAAACCUACAGACAGACGACAUCUUACAAGUUUGGCAUCAGCAGCUAAACUCUACAGCUGAAACAUUUUCCUUUUCAAAAUGCAAACCAACUUUACUGGGCACAUUGAUAGACUACUGCCAGUCUAAAAAAGUCUUCAUAUAGAGGGAGGUCUUGGGAUAUCUUAUGAAGAAGUAGCAACUUAAUGAUGUGCGACUGAUUGUCUCGAUUUUCUUGGCAGCCACAACUCAUAGGGAGGUUUUUGUACUUUACAGCAGUUAUUGGUUAUACAAGCUUAAAUAAUAUAUGAGAGUCCAUGUUUUUAAAAAACUCUGGUGUGUUGAUUCACAUGAUGUUGAAGGAUGUUGAGAGAGCCAAUUACGUUCUCAGCAUCUUAGAUACCAACACAAUCAGCGAUGUUACAGAUGCAGAUUUGUUUUUCAUUUGAGUUGAUUGUCAAAACCGAUGAUGUUUGAAAAGAUUGAUAAUGGACUACAUUGUGCAAUGUCUAGCCCUUAAGGUGGAUUUUGUGGACUGAGAAAACACACUCCCAAAUAUAUUGAAAUAUUGUUUAAUUCAAGCAUAAGUUAAGUAAUUCAUCACCUGAGUGAUGGUGAAGGAGGUAAUGCUAUAGAAAUAGCAUUACCUGUUGAUGCUAUCCCCCUUCAUGGUGUAAUA